CCCUCGCGCCUCAACUUUAAUAUCACAAGGCAGGCCAGGCUGAAGCGAAAUCCCCAAUUUCCCUGGAUAUUGCCCAUCUUUCAACCGACUUCUAAUCAAAUCUCGACUCUAAACUCGUGAUAGCUUCAGACUGAAACUCAAUCAUACCAACCACAAGUGCGAUCAGGAUGUCAGCCCCUGGAGAAACGAACAAGGCCACCGCCGAGAGUGGACCUGAGUCGCCAACUACUGCGCGUCCUCUUGAUCUCGACGACGAUGAUGUUCAGGAAUCUGGCGUUCUCGAUAGCAACACCACACCCGCUGCUGCGACUAACACCACUACCACCCAGGCUCAGGCCCAGGCACCAACACCCACGAAUGAGACAGCACCCCCUAAGCCGCCCCGGCCUGUUUCUGAAGCGCAGAAGAAUGAGACUAUACUCAAGGAAGCUUUCCCUACUGUAGAGCUGAGUGUUAUCAAGGCUGUAUUGAGAGCUAGCGGUGGUCGCGUCGAGCCUGCAUUCCAUGCUUUGCUGGAGAUGACCGAUCCUGAUGCUGCGCAAAACGAGCCCGCCGAAGAAGUCCCCCCUCCUCAACCCCCUAGGCCUCAGAAUCGAACCCAGAUGUCGCAAUUGGAGGCAGACGAACUAUAUGCACGCCAACUUGCAGAACACUACGAUAAUGUUGGUGCCUACGAGUCGCGCACUGCCAACCGAGGCCAAAGACAGGGACAGCGAGGUCGUGAUGAAUGGGGUGACGACCGUGAGCACAGCUUCAUUGACGACGACCUCCCUGUCAUUCGCGAAAACCUACGCAAGGGAUUCUUCGAGACACAGGAAAAGGUCAACGGAUGGAUUACAAACAUCAAGAAGAAGAUCGAGGAGAACUUUGACGAGAGUGAAGAGCAGACGCAACGACAAGGAGAGCCCUUCCGUCGUCCUGGAGAGUCUAGCAGGCGAAGCGGUGAUUAUGACCGAUAUGAUGCGGAUCCUCAAGUUCUCAGCGAUGAUUUCGCUGGCAUGAAGUUUUCUUCUGAUGGAACUCCUGUGAAUCGACCUAUGGCCAAUACUGGCAUGUACAAGCCCCCUCCCCCAUCUACUUCACCCAAGCCUAGCAACGGCCGACGAGUUGGUUUCAAGGAGGAGACUGAAGAAAUCAAUAUGUACGACUCUUCACCUAGGGUGCCACCCAAGGAUGCAGCUCCCGCGAGUGGCACAAGGGGUAGCAAGUGGCAGCCCAUGUCGGCGGUUGAGCCGAGCCCUAUCGCAGAAAACGACCCCUUUAGUCUGGGAGAUAGUGAAGAUGAGAGGGAAACACAUCAGAAGACCAAGGACGAUAAGACUGAUGACAGCGAGCGCUUGAAGAAGGCCACUGCCGAGGCAAUGGCUGAUAGCCUGAGCGAGUCUAAGGACACGGAGGCGAAGAAGAACUAGAUGUUAGCAGAUUGACGUAGACCAGUCGUACAGACCUUGGAAGAGGAUGGAAGUCAUGAAGACGUAGCCAAGAGUCAUGAGAGCAGCAAGUCGAAGAGUUUGGUGCCACUUUCGCUGUCAUAACAAACAUGGGUGGUCUGUUUCUGGUUAUAGCUCCGUAUCGUAUCUCACGACGGUUCAGUAGGUAGCAUAUAGUAGCCUUUCUUUUCUGGUUUUGCAUACUCUGGCAUACUCUGCUAUCCUUUCACAUUGCGCAUCAUGACCCGUGACUCUUCUCGAGUGACGGUAUCAUGAGGCGUCGGUGCAGACUCGAUGUUCGUUCCUUGGCUUGCAUAGCAUAUCAAGUUCUGAAGGACACACAACGAUAAGAGCUCUCACAUAGUGGAUGUUUGUGUUUCGUCCAACCAAUGUCAACAGUGACAGGCAUAGAGCAAGCUUGAAGGAUUAUUCAUUCCUUACUCAUGAACUAGGAAACGGAGACGUGCCUCGAGUCGUGCAAGUCCUCAUGGUGAUGGAGCUGAGUUGGGGAAAAUGACAUAAGAAAUUUCCUAGGAGCUGUGCAAUCACUCCCUCUCGAGUCUGGAGCCUCUCGAGACCCCUUGCUCCAUGACGUUCCGUCUCGGUUUUACCAAUGGAAACAAGGCAGGUCAUUGAAAUCAUUAUUGUAACGUAAGUGG